AUGCCUCCGUUUGAAGAUUCAUCGAAUAAUUCGCGUCGAUUUACGCGCCCCAAAAAGCUACGGCAGGCGACAUUUGUCUUACCGCGAACCGGUCAACGCUUAAAAGGCCUGGUCAAUUUACGCAAUUCAUACUCAAGCUCGAAUGGUAACCACCACGACGGCGACGGCGACGAUGACGACGAACGGCUCGGGCUUCUGUCGGGAGAGAUAUCCGAGGACCGAUCAAGCCUUCCCGCCCGUUUACACGACAAAGCAUUGCAUAUAGGGCGUCGAGCGAAACAGGCGGCCUCGUCAGAGCUUGGAAUAGGAGUCUUGAAAUGCAGUCUCGCGUACCUACUGGGGUCCUUGGCCACGUUUGUGCCGGCUCUUUCGUCUUUCCUGGGCCAUCAAGAUGGCAAGCAUGUGGUGGCCACCGUCACGGUCUACUUCCAUCCCGCUCGGUCGCAGGGUAGCAUGUACAAAGCCCUGAUAUGUGCUCUCCUGGCCUUCCUCUACACUGCCUUCAUCUCCGUCACAAGCAUGUGCGUGUCGAUGUUUUUCCAGGAUCUGGACCUUCUCCCCGUGGGCCACGCGAUAGUCCUGAUCGUGUUCUGCGGGGGUGGUCUGGGGUUCGUAGGAUGGACCAAGCAGAAACUGGGUGAUCCUCUCGUGAACGUUGCAUGCUCCCUAGCAUCACUCUCCACGAUUACAGUCCUCACUAAAGAGGGUGCGGUGCAGAGCGGAGAUUUGUCUUUCGCGAAGAUAUCCCAGGUGCUGAAAAUGGUCGUGAUGGGAGUCACCGCCACCAUGGCGGUUUCCUUUGCCAUCUUUCCCAUCUCCGCUCGUAAAAAGCUUCGCUCGAACCUCACCACCGUCACUGAGACGAUGGCCACCAUGCUGGCUCUCAUCACGGAGAGCUUCUUGAGUGGCUCUGAGGAGGAACUCCAGACGGCGGAAUACGUCAGCACUGCCGCCCGGCAUAAAGCAGCAUAUGGCCAGCUCGAUAAGCUUGUAAGAGAGGCCAAACUGGAGCAUUUCGUAGCCGGUACAGAAAAGGAAUACCGACUGGAGAAGAAUUUAGUUCGUUGGGUGCAAGACAUCACACAUAACAUGGGAGGCCUCCGGAGUGCUGCUUUGCUUCAGUUCCAGCUUCUGAAACAGACCAAACUUGCCGAAUCCGUGCAUUUGCAUGGGCAGAUACCGGGCAUGAACGGCGACGGUGUCACUCCCCUGCUGAGUCCGUGGUCAAUACAUGAGAAUCGCCCUAUUUUGGAACGAAUCGACGAGAGACCGGAGGACGAGAACUCGGUGCUCGACAGAGAUCAAGCCUCGCUCACUGCGGGCUCAGAGACCGAUAUCACUCUUCUUCCUGCUGACAUAUUUGCGCUUUUCAUCGAUCAUCUUGGCCCUUCAAUGCGUUCGCUUGCUUUCACUUUGAAAGAGAUCUUCAGGGAAAUCCCAUUCAAACCCGCUCCGGAUUUCAAGGUCUCGGUUAAUAGCACAUUCCGCACGAGUCUAGACCGAGCUCUUGAACUGUACCGGGCAUCUCGAGUGGAGGCCCUGAAUACUAUCUACCGACAGAAAGAGGUCUUGAAAACCCAAACUCUGGAGGUCGAGGCCGACCUUGAAGAGGUCGCCGCCAGCUGCGGCCAUUUUAGUUUCUCCCUUUUGGAGUUCGGCGAGCAGCUAAAGGACUUGCUCACCAUCUUAGACGAGCUGCAACUUGAGGCCGAAGAGAGGCCGCACGGGAGGUCCUGGAGUUGGCUCAAGUUUUGGCGUCGAAGCAAGGGUGCGCCAGCACGCCAGGGCGGUUCGGAUACGGAGCAGCCAUUAACGGAGUCAAAUGCUGCUCGAGUCGACAACAUUCAGCAGUUGGGUAUAAAUACCUCGUCGAAGUCGCGAAACCGACCGGCAUUGAAUCCCCAUCCCUUGGGAGAUCGGCCUGGACAGGGAAGGCUUGCCUAUCGCAUCUGGAAAUCACUCGGCUGGUUUCGACGCGACGAGGUUAAGUUCGCGAUCAAGGUUGGAACGGGGGCUGCGCUGUAUGCUUUGCCUUCUUUCCUGCCGCCGGUAAGACCUGUAUACUCCCACUGGAGGGGGGAAUGGGGUCUCUUAUCUUAUAUGCUUGUCUGUUCGAUGACUAUCGGGGCUUCCAAUACUACCGGAUACGCGAGGUUCUUCGGAACCUGCUUGGGUGCGGUUUGUGCCAUCCUAUCAUGGUACGUGUCGACCGGCAACGUCUUCGCGCUUGCAUUUUUUGGGCUUCUUAUGGCAACAUAUACCGCGUACAUCACCCUCGUCAAGGGUCAGGGACCUAUGGGGCGAUUCAUCAUGCUCACGUACAACCUUUCCGUGCUGUACGCCUAUUCGCUCACGCAAAAGGAGGGCCAGGAUGACCAAGACGAGGGCGGAGACCACCCGGUUAUGACCGAGAUCGCGCUUCAUCGAGUCGUUGCGGUGCUGUCGGGCUGCAUCUGGGGCAUCAUCAUCACCCGGGUGAUCUGGCCCAUCAGCGCGCGUGGGAGACUGAAGGACGGCCUCAGCCUUCUGUGGCUCCGCAUGAGCUUGAUCUGGAAACGCGGCCCCUUGUCCACAAUGGCCAACACCUUUGACUCGGCAGGCUUCGUGAGUCCGCGGGAGAAGUUAGAGAUCGAACGGUUCCUGUCACAUCUAGAAUCGCUCCAGGUGUCCGCCCGCUCAGAGUUCGAGCUGAGAAGUGCAUUUCCCGAUGCCUCAUACAGCAACAUCCUUCGGCGGACGCGCAGCAUGGUGCAUGCGUUUUUCGCCAUCAACCUCGAAUUGGUCAAGAACAUGACCGCCUCGGAAGGUGAACUCGCGAUUUUGGAAUACACCGUGCGGGAGCGACUGCAACUGUCGUCACGGAUUAGCCAUCUCCUAUCCGUGAUGGCUUUCUCUAUGAAGUUGGAAUAUCCGAUGAGCGACGUCCUCCCGAGUAUUGAACACGCUCGAGAUCGGCUUUUGGCGCGCCUCUUCCGUUAUCGCAAAGACCCCGAGGCAUCUCGGCUGUCCACCGACGAGGACUAUGCCUUGCUCUAUGCGUACAUUCUCGUCACCGGCCAGUUAUCCGUCGAAAUCGAAGAGAUCAUGGGGGAAGUCGGUCGACUGUUUGGGGUUCUGAAUGAGGAGGCCGUGAGACUAUAUUAG